AUGGUGUUUUCCAGCGAUGGUAAUCAAACUUCAAUGAAUGUCGAUGAAUCCGAACGUGUUAAAAUAGAGGAUUCAAUUUUACCAAUAGCAUCUAACCAGAAUUUUCAGGAAGUUGGCAAAUAUGAUAUUAAGGAUGGUUCAAUACCAGAACCAUCAAAAGUAAAGCAAGAAGAAUCCAAAUCUCCUGAAUCAUCAAGUACAGAAACUGAUACAGAAUUACACCGACUAGGUACGACAAUUCCAAAGAAGCCAACAGGAACCGUAACCCGUAAAGGACCUCGAAGAACAAAACCAGGAAUAGGAUCUUCUGUAAAUGCAGAUUUUGAAGGCCCUGUUUAUUGUCUGUGUAGAGGUCCCGAUGAUGGUAGAUGGAUGUUGGGAUGUGAUGGUUGUGAAGACUGGUUUCAUGGAGAAUGUGUCAACAUUCCAGAGUCAUUUGAUGAAUUAACAGCUCAGUACUUUUGUCCAAGUUGCACAGCUAGUGGACGUGGUUUGACUGCAUGGAAAAGAAAGUGUAGACUGAGGGAAUGCUCAAAGCCCGCUGAAAUCUCAUCGAAGUAUUGUUGUCAUGAACACGGUGUCCUAUUCAUGCGAUCUAAGCUUAAGAACACUACAAUUGAUCUUUCUUCGUUAAAGACAUUGACCAUGGUUGCCGAUAACUUUCAAGAAUUUCGCAAUCUUGGUAACCAGGCGCCUUCUUUACCAGACACAAUUAUCCCAGAGAACGUGUACGCAUUUGAACGAGAAGAUUUGGAAGUUUUAGACCGUAAUCUAAUUUUGCUGAAAGAGAACCUUAAUUUUACUCAAGAAAAGAAGCACUUCCUUCAGCUUAUAAAGGAUGCUUCACGGGUUCUCGUCCAAGAAUUCAAAGAACGGGAAGGGAUAAAAAAGGACGUUUGUGGAUUUGACAAUCGGCUCUUAUUAAAUGAUAGGGACUUAAGAGAUGUAUGGCAUUCCAUAUCCCCUGAAGUUCCUAUUAUAGAAGUUAAACAAAUACAUUCUACCUCUGAUAGCGUCUGCUUUCAGGAGAAGCGCAGGUGCAUAAAACAUGGAAAUUGGCAAAUCAUAUUUACAGAGGAUCUUAACCAGGAGGAAAAAAACUUACUGCAUAAAAUCAAUCAGAUGGAGACAGCAAAGCAACGUCUAGUUGAUCGUCAAAGGGAAAGAGCAAUAUUGGAUGUUGAGCAUGAAGGUCACGCAGAAUUCCACCGUUCUCAGUUAUCAACAGACAAAAUGAUGGAACUUUUACGAUAA